UGCACCUGACCAUUCAAAGCACAUCAAACACACACGGAUCAGCUGUUGGUGUUUUCCUCGCUAACAAGCAAUUCCGUCUUCAACAGGCUCCUCUCUGACGCGAUACAUCGCCAUGUCCUCGAUCCUGGCAUGUUACCUACGGCGCUUCGAAACCUCCGGGGUGCUAUCUUUCCGAACAACGCCAUGGGGUCCCCGACACUCUUCCCACCCGCGUCUGACCAUGAGUUGCACGUUUUGAGACGCAAGUGCGCUAGUGCGCUCUGGACCUUGGUGCCCAAAAGCGUGGGCAGGCUCUACUUUGGCGGCAACGCCUCUUCCUGGUUGGCAGCAUGGUUUACUUCUGAAAGUCCACUGUCAGAAGCAUCGCUGCGGACCGAUCCGAUUGGUACCGGUGACAGUGGCAAUAGCGGACAUGACCUACAAGAAGGAGUUCCAGAUGCGCACAUCAUAACUGUAAUCGAGACAGACAUCCUGGAUGUCUUCAGCGAUUCUUACUGUAACAAGCAUCUCAUGUACAGCGCCCUGGAACUGGUCCUGGUAAGACUGAUACCGGAGCUAGCCGAGAAGGGCGUCGAGGAGCUGUUGGAAGAGCGGCUAAGCUAGUAGGAGGGGAGGGGGGGGGGGGGAAGGUGCCUGUAACUCUGAGCUACACAAAAUUUCAUCAAUGUGGCAGUCAUCACCG